AUGCCUCCUCUUUCGGGUUUUAGCGACAAUCCGUUCGAGACCCGACAUGAUGUCAUUCGGGCGGCGGAAGCCCUCAUUCGACCACUCAUGCAGUACAUGUCACCUGGCAAAGGCCGAGUCCGAAUCCCCCACUCAACAGGGACUCACUUUGAUGAGACUGCUGCGCAACUUGAAGGCUUUGCACGGCCGUUCUGGGCCAUCGGUGCUCUCCUUAUGGGGAGGACCGGCAAUAUGGAACUCAUUCAACCUUGGUUAGAUGGUUUUGAAGCCGGUACUGAUCCUAAGAGUCCAGAUUACUGGGGACCCAUUAAGUCUUUCGAUCAGCGCAUGGUUGAAGCUGAAAUGAUCUCCUUUUCGCUCUUGGCUUCACCACGGGAGUUACUUUGGGAACGCCUUAGCCAAAAAUCACAGCAGAAUCUGAUCGCCUGGCUAUCUGGCUUACAUGACAAGGAUAUGCCUCAAGCCAACUGGCUGUGGUUUCGCGUGUUUGCCAAUCUCGCGCUGCUCAAGGUUUGCCAAGUUGAUACACCUGCCCUUCGACAUCAUCUCAAGGAGGAUUUGGAACGCCUUGACGAGUUUUAUAUCACUGACGGAUGGUCUGGUGACGGUCUCUGGCGAUCUGCAGAGCUUGACCUCCAAGAGUAUGAGACAUACAAAGAGACAGGAAAAGCAAACACAGUCCGAAGUAGUAGGAAUGCUUGUUACUACUCGGGUAGCUUUGCAAUCCAGUUCAGCCAGCUUCUAUACACAAGAUUUGCAGGAGACAUGGACCCUGAGCGGACCGAACGAUACCGGCAGCAAGCAAGGGACUUUGGGCGUGGGUUCUGCCGAUUCUUUGACAAAGCCGGUGCCGCUAUUCCUUUUGGGCGUUCAUUGACAUAUCGAUUCGCCUGUGGUGGUUUCUUUGCAGCACUUGCUGUUGCCGACGUCCCAGACAUGCCCGAUCCUUUGGGUAGCCCUGGCGUAGUCAAAGGCUUUCUGCUACGGCACUUGCGGUGGUGGGCUAGACACUCGAGCGAAAUUUUCUACACAGACGGCGUCUUGAACUUUGGGUGGAUAUACCCGCAAAUGUACCUCACAGAGGACUACAACUCUCCUCAAUCUGUCUACUGGGCUCUCAAAUCCUUAAUAAUUGUUGGACUCUCAGAAAACAGCGCUUUCUGGAGUGAACCCGAGGCUCCAUAUCCCGAAGCUCUUCGAGAGGAACCCCUGCGUGUCCUUCCAGCACCUCGUCAGAUCCUCUGCAAUCACCCAGGAGGAAACCACCAUUUCAUGCUAUCCUUUGCGCAGUUUUUGGCAAUCCCAUUCAAGGGCAUCAUGGCAAAGUACAGCAAAUUUGCCUAUUCCUCAGCUUUUGGCUUUUCCGUCCCAUCAGGGGGCUAUGGACUGGCCCAGUUGGCACCCGACAACACACUUGCCUUUAGUCGAGACGGUAUGGAAACUUGGGCUGUAAAAUACAAGUGUGCUGAGCCCGAGUUCAAGACGGCAACAGUUCAUGCUGCUGCACUCCAACAGGUCCCGGUAGCAACAGUACAAUGGUUCCCUUGGACGGACCAUUCUGUGUCUGUCAGUACUACUAUAGUUCCUCCAACAACGCGGUGGCCAGACUGGCACGUCAGAAUUCACCGUGUCAGUGGACAUUUGAAGUCGGGCAAAGCUUUUACGGCAGAGGGCGGUUUCGCCAUUCACGGUCGUCAUCAAAAAGACACUCUUGAGUUGAGACAGCUUGAUUCAGCCGACCUACUCACAGGAUGCCACUUAGGUGAGGUGGAAGGAGUUUUACAGGAUGAAAGAUCAGUCCUAAUCCUCAGCGAGCAAGGAGCUUCAGGCAUCACAACAAAUGUCUUGGCUGGGACAACCGUCAGCCCCUUGAAGCCUGAGCCAAAUACCAACCUAAUGAGACAGCGCACUCUCAUUCCUACGAUUGAGCACACCAUUGAUGGGAGCGAGAGCGGGGAAAUUAUUUUGGUUACAAAGGUAUUUGCUAUCUCUCGGGAGGCCAACGGAGGUUGGAAGAAUCAGGGGGCAAGCCUGAAAGAGCGAUGGCUAGAUGAGCCAGUUAUCGAUGUGCGAGACACCAAACCAGAUGGUGAUUUCAUCAGUGUAUCAUACUGA